AUGUUUGUGAUUUUCAUAGAUUUAUUCUAAUAAAAGAAAUAUUUCAAGGUUUAUUUGCUUAUUUUAUAUUAAAACAUUUAGAUAAGAAAUUUUAUUUAGAAUAAAAUUAGAAUAAAAAAAAUGAUGGAAUAAAAUAUUAUCUUAAAUAGUUUGAAAAAUCUAGACAAUUCUAAAGCAAGCAGUUUAACACAUCUAAAUCUAAAAUUUAGUAAUUAAAUAAUAAAUGAUCAAAAUUUAUAAAAGAUUCAUACCUUUUUAAGACUUUGUAAAGAAAUUAGAACUUUGAUUCUGGAUUUUGAAGAUUGUUCUCUUUAGGAAAAAGAUUCAAAGUUAUUAUUAAAUGAUUUACCUGAAUUUAAGAAUUUAGAAACUCUAUAAAUAAACUUUAAUUUUAACAAGAUAAAGAAUGGAGCAAAGGAAAUAGCUUAGUUUCUAUUAAAAUGUUAAAAGCUAAAUACACUUUAAAUUUACCUAACUAAAAAUUAAAUCAAAAAUUCUGAAGCAUCUGAUAUAAUUAAAAGUAUAGAGACAAUGAACAGCCUUUAACAUUUGGAAAUUGAAUUUGAAGGAAACAAUAUUGAAGUUGAUUCAUUAACGAGCUUAAAAAAUACUUUAAAUUGCUUAUAGAAUAAGUUAUUUACUUUUAAAAUCGGAUUAGGUUAUUUAAAUAGAUUUGAAAGAGCUGAUUAAUUUCAGAUUAAUGAUGAAUUGCUAUAAAGUGUAAUGUAAUGCUUGAAUGCCUG